UCAUGAACUUGGAUCACUAAUUUGCAGGAAUAAGCGCCGGUGCGUGAGAGAUGCGCCUUCAUAGUUUGACUUUAAGAGGUUUAUUCUCAUGUUUUUGUUGAUUCAUUAACUCCUUUAUAGCUGCAAAACGGCUUCAACUCGUGGAAGCAACAGCAGCUGAUCUCUCCAUCUGAUCCCGCAUCUGCACACUGAGAGAGAGAAGAACAUGCAGUAGAGGAAACGCCUGCUUCGACACAGUUCUCGUUCUCAGCGCCGUAUCUCUUCUACAACAUGGCCUCCUCCCCCGGGCUGAACGGUGACCCGUUACCUCUGCUUCAGCUCCACGAGGUGGACUCAUGUAAAGCCUCAGAGAGGCCGACCUCCCCCGGACUCAUGCCUGCCAUGUACAGUCCUCCUCUGGCCAUGGACACGGUCUGCAUUCCCUCGCCGUACGCAGAUAGUAGCCAUGACUACAACCAUGGACAUGGACCUUUGACCUUCUACGGUUCGUCCGUGCUGAGCUACGCCAGACCACCCAUCGCUGACAGUCCGUCCUCCCUUUGCCCUCCUCUCAGCCCCUCGGCUUUCUGGCCCUCCCACAGUCACCACAACAUCUCUUCUCUGACUCUGCACUGCACCCAGCCUCUCGUCUACAACGAACCCAGCUCACAUGCACCCUGGCUAGAGCCUAAAGCCCACAUUAACCCCAACAGCUGCGUCAUCAGCUGUAACAAGCUGCUGGAGAAGAAACCAGAUGGAGUGGAAGCAGUGAAAUCUUCCUCGUGCUCGUCUUCUCUAGGGAAAGCGGACAUGCACUUCUGCGCCGUGUGCCACGACUACGCGUCCGGGUACCACUACGGGGUGUGGUCGUGCGAGGGCUGCAAGGCUUUCUUCAAGCGGAGCAUCCAGGGACACAAUGACUAUAUUUGCCCCGCCACGAAUCAGUGCACUAUCGACAAGAACAGACGUAAAAGCUGCCAGGCCUGCCGUUUACGGAAAUGCUAUGAAGUGGGCAUGAUGAAAUGUGGUAUCAGACGUGAGCGCUGCAGCUACCGGGGGGCCCGGCACCGCCGUGGGGGACACCAGCCUCGUGAUGCAGCAGCCCGGGGCCUGGUCCGGGUCAAGAUGGGUCUCCAGGGCCAGCGCCACCUGGGCGAACCCCUCUCCCCGGUGCCCCCCCUCCUCCACCCCCAGCUCAGCUACGUCCCCCACUCGGCCAUGAGUCCAGAGGAGUUCAUCUCCCGCAUCAUGGAGGCGGAGCCUCCAGAAAUCUACCUCAUGGAGGACCUGCAGAAACCGUUUACAGAGGCCAGCAUGAUGAUGUCUCUCACCAACCUGGCGGAUAAAGAGCUGGUCCUCAUGAUCAGCUGGGCCAAAAAGAUCCCUGGCUUCGUGGAGCUGAGUUUAGCAGACCAGAUCCACCUGCUGAAAUGCUGCUGGCUGGAGAUCCUGAUGCUCGGCCUCAUGUGGAGGUCCGUGGACCAUCCUGGGAAACUCAUCUUCUCUCCAGACUUCAAACUCAACAGGGAGGAGGGACAGUGUGUGGAGGGCAUCAUGGAGAUAUUUGAUAUGCUGCUGGCAGCCACCUCUCGCUUUCGUGAGCUCAAGCUGCAGAGGGAGGAAUACGUCUGUCUGAAGGCCAUGAUCCUCCUCAACUCCAAUCUGUCGACCAGCGCUCCCCAGACGCCGGAGGAGCUGGAGAGCAGGAACAAGCUGCUGCGCCUGCUGGACCUGGUGAUCGACGCGCUGGUCUGGGCCAUAUCCAAGCUGGGCCUGAGCACGCAGCAGCAGACCCUGCGGCUGGGCCACCUCACCAUGCUGCUGUCCCACAUCCGCCACGUCAGUAACAAAGGCAUCGACCACCUGUCCACCAUGAAGAGGAAGAACGUGGUGCUGGUGUACGACCUCCUCCUGGAGAUGAUGGACGCCAACACCUCCUCCAGCAGCAGCCAGACCGCCUCCUCCUCCCCCAGCUCCGACACCUACUCCAGCCAACAGCAGUACCUGCUGCCUGCGUUUGACCUGCAGCCCGGGUCGGACCCGAGCGUCGCCGCCGGCCCCGCGGCCCCCGGGCUCCCCGCCGCCCCCCCACUGGGCCUGGCUGAGAGCCAGAUCAUGGGGAGGCACUUCCACACUCAGCUCGUCCAGGGCACGCCUCCAGCACAGAGCUUCGUGAGGGCUCAGAUGGACGACGAUGACUACAUCUCCCCGGAGCAGUGGCCGCUGGACGCACAGGAGGCUGGUUCGUUACUGCAGCCGGCCGGCUACAUCAUCCCGGAGCAGGUCGUCAUGGAUACGGCUUUAGAGGGCUGACUGGACUAAAGACUGAACCUAACAAAGCUUUCAAUCCCAAAAAGAUGAGGAAUAAGAUGAAGAAAAAAAAAAACAAAGAUCUGUUGUACGGUGACGUUCUUUCAAGUGCUCUUUCAUUUUUUUUUGGAUGUUUUUAGGCUUUAGAAACAAACACAUUUUAGAUUGAUUGUAUAUUUUGUGUGCGUAAAUAUCGUUUUUUUUCCUUUUUUGUGAAUGGCACUACAGUAGGUGUUCACCAGAGCAUCUCUGAAUGUCUGACUCAGUCCGUGCUCUUUUUGAUAGGUUGUAUUGGUAUCUCUUUUUUCACCUCGGUGUAACAAAACAAGCAAUCUACAAACCUGACCGAAGCGGUUGCAUGUCGUCCCGGAGUCGUCGUCGUGAGGACGGCUGCGCCCGGUCCUCCGUCCACACGGCGCUGUCGUUUCCUCCUAUGCCUCUAUCGUGUACUUCUGUGUUUUGAUCAGUGCCUGUUCUUGCAACACUUUUCUACUCUUGUGCAAACUGUCUGUGCCGCUGAGACCCAGCAGUAUGUGGCCUUUGACUAAAGUGACUGUUCAUCUUGGAUAGACGGAGGCUGAUUUUACGCUGAUUUAUGCUGUUCUUUUACUCUAAAUGUCAGCGACGACUAGAAGCUUCAGCUUGUGUAGCAGCUGAAUGUUUGGGCGUAGUUGGGGGUCGCUGUGCACCAGUAACUGGAAGAUUGGAACAU